AUUCCACAGGCGGCGAUCCGUGAAACUCUGGUACUUCCGAACUGUGAAAGUAUAUGCAUCCCAUGGAUGUUAGCAGAAAAGAAUGAUUGGGUCCCAAGGAAGAUGGCUCCAUUCCUAUGGGUUCGUCAAGAAGCUGUUGAUGAGCCUAAAUUAGGAGAAGCACCUGGGGACACUGGAGGGGAGCUUGUAGCCACCAGCAGCAGCAGGGGAAGAAAACAGAACGCCAACAGUAUACAAGAUGAGCGUGAGAAGAGUAAGAAUGUCCUUCCUGCUCACCCGCCAGCUUAUGAAUCAUCUGAGUCGGCAUCAUCUCAAGCUGAUCUAUUUCCUUCAAGUUCCAGUCACCAAUCCACCAGCAGUCAGUCACUGCUAGAUUUGAGGACCCCACUAUUAAGGGAUGAGCCACAGGAGAGUUGCAUUAUUCAGAGAAGAGCAAACAACCCAGACUGUCAACCCACAAGAGCAGUGAUACGGAAUGAGGAACAGACUGCAAUUGGUGGUGAUGCAAGGCCAAGGAAAAUAGGGAAAAGAGAAAGGAUGAUAGGAUUGGGGAAGAAGAUGGGGGAAAAGCUUGAAGAAAAAAGACGGCACUUGGAAGAGAAAGGCAGGCACAUUGUUGAGAAGAUGUGGGGGCCAUCAUAGUAGAGAUAAACUUAAACCUGGUGGAAUUGGGUGCACACAGUUACUGUUGACUUCAGUAGUUGCAGGCAGGGUGUUUGGUAUUUUGUACCACUGUGCAGAAUUUGUGGUUGCUACUUGGCUGAAGUUGAUAUAUUGUAAUCUUUAAAACGUUUCUUUAAGAUAGAGAUGUGUUGUACAGGUAACAAAAAAAUUAGAUAUUGUAUUAUAUUGAUUCAAUCAAUGAUAUUCUUGUAGCGAAAACAAGAGCAAAUGGUAUUUUAAUUUGUA